AUGUCCAAAGCCACCACAAUUAAGGAGGCUCUGAAGCGCUGGGAGGAGCGGGAGCAGGAAAAUUCCCUGACUGCCAAAGUUAUUGAUCUGCAAUUCCAGUGGCCACCCAUCGAAAAAAUGGACAGCACUUUGGGCACGCUGGUGCAGUGCGAGAGAAUCAGUAUGUCUACGAAUAUGAUCGAAAAGAUAUUCGGCCUAUCGGGCAUGAAGUGCCUCAAGGUCCUUUCUUUAUCCCGAAACUACAUUAAGCAGAUAUCUGGACUGGAGGCGGUGGCUGAAACCUUGGAAGAGCUGUGGCUCAGCUAUAAUCUAAUCGAGAAAAUUAAGGGCUUGACUGGUCUCAAAUGCCUAAAGGUGCUCUAUAUAAGCAACAAUUUAAUCAAGGACUGGUCGGAGUUCAAUCGCCUGGCCGAGAUCGAGUCCCUCGAAGACCUAGUGGUGGUGGGGAAUCCCCUAUCCGAGGGAUUAGACGAGCCUACUUGGAGGGCGGAGUGCAUCAAGAGACUGCCCACAAUCCGUAAACUGGACGGAGAACCAGUCGUGCUCAACGAGGAGCCUCAGCUCUAA